GAACGAUACACUUUUCACUUGCAAACACGAAAAGUUUUUCGGAAUCUUUCUUUUAUGUGAUUUUGAUAGAUACUCAUAUCGAAUAUCUCGUUCGUUCAGUAAUUGCGUUAUGUAUGUCAAUCUUUUGACGGCGGCUAGUCUCUGUGCUGUGGUGUUUGCGAGCCCGCACUUGGAUAGACGCGAGGAUGCUGAUACCUCCGCUAUAGCCUCCAGCAUCUCCUCUCUCUCCUCCGGUCUCAUCCCCAACCCAUCCCUCGCCGCUCAACUAACCAGCAUCCCCGCCUCGGUCCAAGCUCUACAAUCCUCUCCCUCAGGCCUCGCACAACUCGAACAAGAAUUCCUCAGUUCCAUCCCCGCUUGGUAUACUUCUCUCUCCCCCGCCGCUCAAUCCUAUAUCCUCAGCGCCGGCCCCGCAAAAGCUAGCAUCUUCUCUCUUGAAUCCCUCUUGGCCGCUGCACCCGCUCCCACCUCCGCCCCCACCGCGCAAACCAUCACCGGCAUCAUCAACGGCACCACAGCCGCCCUGAUCCCGAUCACGGGCUCAGGAGGCCUAACAAUAGCCAGUACUGUGAGUGGAAAUAGUACGGUGACGACGAAAAAAUUGAGCGCAACGUCUACCACGGCGACGGAGACGCAAGCGAAGACUACGGAGACGAGCGUGAAGACGAGUGAGACGGGGAAGAAUAGUGCGGGCUCCCCGAGUCCGAUUGCGAGCUCGAGUAAGGCUGGCGCGGCGCAGGUUACGGGCGUGUUGGGUGGGGUGGUGAUGGGCGCGGUGGGAUUGGUGUGGGUUUUGUAGGGGGUUUGAGAGGGCGUGGGUUUUAUUGGAUUGUGGUGUGGUGAGGUGAGGUGAGAUGAGGAGGAUGGUGGGAUAUAAUUUGAUGUUGUGAUUGGCGACUGGUGCGAGUCGGUUAUUUAUUAAUAUCUCUUCA